AUGGCCUCCCGCGACCCACCUCCCACCAGCUACACCCAGCCCGAAGUGCCCUCGGGGGUCGCACUGUUCCUCACCAUCCCCUACGCCUUCUUCUUGCCCGAGCUGAUAUUUGGGUGCUGGGUCUGGAUCCUGGUGGCCGCCACCCAGGUAGCAAACCCCCUGCUACAAGGGUGGGUGAUGUACGUCUCGCUCACCUCGUUCCUCAUCUCUCUGAUGCUCCUCUUCUCUUAUGUGUUCGGAUUUUACAAAAGUCUGGAGUCCUGGAAAAUCCUGGACAGCCUGUACCACGGGACCACUGGCAUCCUGUACAUGAGUGCCGCCGUCUUACAAGUACAUGCCACGAUCGUGUCUGAGACCUCGGACCUGAAAAACUACUACAUAAACACUGCAGCCUCGUUAUUCGCCUUCAUCACCUCCCUGCUCUACAUCCUCCAUGCCUUCAGCAUCUAUUACCACUGA